AAAAUCAAAGGGGUGGCUGGAAAUGGCUUUUUGAAAUAUUUGAUCUGUCCUGUGCUGUUGUCUUGCUGCACAUUUAAUUGCCCCUUUUAGGUCAAGUUAAAACUUGAACUUGAAAGACUGGCCAUCACAAAUUGACCCUUUUAAAAAUCUGAUUAGGAUCUUGGGUAUUUAUUUCCUUUUAAGGGAGGUUAUGGACAUUCUACUUUAUUGUCAGGGAGAUGUAAAAGUCAUAGUAAUCUGACUUUGAGUGGGAACUCUGAUUGACCUGGACUCGAAAUCAACUGGGGGGAAAUGCAUUAGGCUACGCCUUUAUUGCCAUAAACUGCAGUUUACAACAUUUGUGUGAAAAAUAACCACUUCGAUUGGCCUACAGCUCAGCGUAGGCCACAGCCUACUGAACAGCUGUUCACCUUGCAUCAUAGCCUGCCGGUCACGUGUUGAAUGACUGGUCAGAUCACACUACUUUCGUUUUCGAUUCCCUGGUCUAAGCUUGGGACUGUUUGUGCCGUGGGCCUUUUUUUUUCUUUUUCAAACUGAACGCGUACACGAACAUGGAAUUCGCAAUUUCGGACGAGGUGUACGACAAUUUGUAUUUGUCAGAUGACAAUCCAGAUUUGCCAGCAGUUCUACCCAGUGCACCUCCGGACUUGGGUUCCUUUUACAUCAGACUGCACUGGCCAGAGGUAGGCCUACCGCAAAGGUGGGCGCCUAUGCUUCAAAAAGCGCUUCAGACGUGGAUGAACAAAACUCUGCUCAACGAAAUCAAUGUCAGGUGCAACAUCCACAGACUUCAACCAUUGGAAACCCCAGGUUGCGCAGAGGUGCAGCUAACGCCUUUCGCAGCCCUUUCCAAAAUACUGACCAAGAAAUCGUCCCAUCUGACCUUCAAGGACUUGAAGCAAACAGCUGUUGUGGACUUUUACAGUAGUGCUGCCCAAAUGAACAAGUCGACUGAUGCCAUGAAGAACGGUCAAACGGCUUUACAAAUUCCGAUAAAGGUGAAUGCAGUGGUUGAUGUGCAGAAUUUUAGCCCCCAAGUGCAGGCUGAAGUUAUGAAGAAGUUCAAGACGUACAGCUCGGGACCGCACAAUCUGUGCAUACAGGGAACACUGGAGGAUGUUAACAUGUUUUAUGACAAGCUCCAACAGCUCUGGCUACCCCGACCCAGACUACAUUAAGAAGGUCAAGGAGGAACUGAAGGCAAAAGGCAUCGAGUAGAUAACUUAAAACCUGAACUCUAUUCAUUUCCAUUAUAUGUUGUUAUAAUUAUAUGUUGUUAUGUACAUCAUGACAUUGGUAAUGGUUUGGCCCAAAUCUCUGUGUUUGAUUUGUGUUAAAAUAUGCAAAAGUGCACUGUGUUUGCACUGCACUAUUGAAAGCUUCAGCUCAUCCUGAGGGAAAAGUGAUCCGUGUGAAGACUUUGUCCGCUAAAUUGGUUAUAGGCCUACAAAAUGAAGACAAUCAAACUAUCAAACUGUUCAACUCAAUUGUGGCCUGAAGGGGUUAACAAAACACUUCCUCGUUAGUGUUAUCUUUCAAACAAGAUUUUCCAGAAUGUCAUGUUUGUAUUUAUAGCCUAUGCCAGUGGUGUGCGCAGACAUCACAGACCUUUUGUGGCAGGUGUUCAAGGUGGAAUCCCACAUGUGGAACUCUUUACUGAGCUAAAGAGGCUAUAUUAUAUUCAUUGGUGAAAGUAGGCAGGAUCGUAACACCGGUAUAACAUUUACAGCAGAUGCGCAGUACCUGUAAGAGAAUAGGGUUAAUGCUGGCCAAAAACCCACAUUUGAAAAUUCUAUUGAAGUAGAAAACAUACAACCACACCAUGCCAUUUGAGACAAGUGUCCUAUGAAGAGAAUAGCUUGAAGUUACGAAAAUAGUCAUGCAGUGAUAUAGGCUACUGUAGAUCUGUAGCGCACUGUAUUUUGUUUGCGCUCUUUCUGAUGUUUGCAUUGGAAAGGCGGUUGUUUGGAAGACUUGUACAAAAUAGCACUGGUAAGACAUGAAAACUACUUUCACCCCUGAUUAUAUUAUAUUAUAUUAUAUUAUAUUAGGCCUAUAUUAUAUUGACCACAGUAAAUUGUGAUUAAACAAACACACUUUCAAAAUGGCACUUUAUGUCCAGUAAGGUAAAGGCCAGGUACCUCAUCUCUAUAUGUGCAUGUCUGUAUCCUGUGGGAAAAUCUUUUUUUUUUAAUUGUUUUAUUUAAAAGAGGUGUGAAU